AUGGCCUUGACUAACACACGCGCACCCAUCACCUUCGGAUCUCGAUCACAUGGACAAUGGCGUUUCACCGCCAUCGUGCGUAGAGCCCAAGAGGUCACUCACCACGACACGUGGCGAGCCGCUCUCUCCGAAUUCAUCUCCACACUCAUCUUCAUCUUCGCCGGCUCCGGCUCCGGCUCCUCCGUCGCCGUCGACAAGCCCUCCGCACUCUUCGUCACCGUCUCUGUGAGUUCUAACAUCUCCGGUGGCCACGUCAAUCCUGCUGUUACGUUCGGCGCCUUCGUCGGCGGCAACCUCACCUUGCUCCGCUGCGUCCUAUUCUGGAUCGCCUAG